UACAGCUUGGGUUUCGCCGACUUCCAUGUUAUCGAUGCACAUAAUGCCGGAAACGUGCUGAGUGAUCCGAACCUGGUUACCAAGAGCAUGGCGUACGAUUUCCUUCACCCAUUUAUAAGAACUGGAGUUUUAACGGCGCCACAAGGAAAGUGGCACUCACGGCGAGGUAUGCUCGCAAGGACUUUCCACUUCGAUAUAUUAAACCAGUUUCAAAACAUCUUCGUAGCGGAGAGCUUAAAGUUCGUUCACCAAUUCGAAGAUCAAAACGAGUGCAUUGUUUCGUUGAGAGACCGAAUAGCUACUUUCACUCUGAACAACAUUUGUGAAACUGCAAUGGGCGUUAAGCUAGAUGAACUGGCCGAGGAGGGUGAUCGCUACAGAGAGAAUUUCAAAAUAAUUGUUGAAGGAUUCAUAAGAAGAAUAAGCAAUCCCCUUUUCUGGGGCGAUUGUGUAUACAACAUUUUUGCAGCUAAAGAUUAUGCCAAUGCUAUUAAAGUGGUUCACGAAUUUUCCAACGAAAUAAUUGCCAGGCGUAGAAUUCUUUUGGAGGAGGAAUUACAUUAUCGACGUGCCACUCAAACGGCUGAAGAUGAUAUAUGCGUCGUUAGACAUAAACCAUUUGCCAUGCUGGAUACCUUGAUUUGCGCUGAAAAAGAUGGACUCAUAGACAAUAUUGGCAUUUGCGAGGAGGUGGACACUCUGAUGGCUGAGGGUUUCGAAACCACCUCCAUCAGCCUUAUAUUUGCGCUCUUGAAUAUGUCCCUUUACCCUGAACACCAGGAACUUUGCUUCCAGAAGAUACAGAAGCACAUUGACGAUGAUUUAAGCAACCUUAACAUCGGUCAAUUGAAUAAGCUGAGCCAUCUUCAUUGCUUCGUGAAGGAAUCCAUGCGUCUUUAUCCCCCUAUUCCUUUGAUUGGUCGACAGACAAUCGAAGAAACCGAAUUAGAUAAUGGGUUAAUCCUACCGAAGCGAUCCCAGAUAAACAUACACGUCUUUGACAUGCAUCGCAACCCCAAAUACUGGGAUUCCCCUCUCGAGUUUCGACCGGAAAGAUUCCUGCCGGAGAAUUGCCAAAAUCGACAUCCAUACGCCUAUAUUCCAUUCAGUGCUGGUCCACGAAACUGUAUUGGUCAAAAAUUCGCCAUGCAGGAGGAGACAACUCGCGUGGAACGACAGCUGAGAGCCGAAAACACAAACAGUACUCAGAGUGGAUCCAUCGGAUCAAGUUCGACGAAAAUGAUUUGGGUUCUUUGGCUCUGUGUCGCGAUAAGUGUGAUUGCGCACUGGCUGUAUAAGGUAAACAAAGACUACUGCAUUCUGGCCUUUUUCGCCAGGAGAGUUCGGACCAAGGAUGGGAGACCUCUGGAGAGCUUGGUUCCCAUGCCAAAGGGAACCACCUUCUUUGCCAACUGCUUUGAUUUUUAUGGAAAAAACGCUGCCGAAGUGUUUGGCUACUUUCGCCACUUGGCAAAGUCGUUCGGACAGAGCUACCUUCUUUAUGCCAUGGGAUAUUCCAACUACAACGUUAUAGAUGCCCACAAUGCGGCAAACGUACUCAACCACCCGAAUCUGAUAACGAAGAGUGCGAUAUACAAUUUCCUCCAUCCAUUCAUAAGAACCGGCGUAUUGACAGCAUCAGAGAAAAAAUGGCACUCAAGACGAGGAAUGCUGGCCAGGACUUUCCAUUUGGAUAUACUAAACCAGUUUCAAGAGAUCUUUAUAGCAGAGAGUCUCAAGUUCGUUAAGCAGUUCGAUGAUCAAAAUGAAUGCGUUAUCUCCUUAAAAGACCACAUAGCCAGAUUCACCCUGAACAGCAUUUGUGAAACUGCCAUGGGCAUUAAACUCGACGAAAUGGCAGAGAAGGGUGAUCGCUACCGAGAGAAUUUCCAAAGAAUCGACGAAGGUUUUACCAGGCGGCUAAGCAAUCCCUUCUAUUGGGACGAUUGCGUAUAUAACCUGUUUGCAGCGCGGGAUUAUGCUUUGGCCCUGAAAAUGGUUCAUGAGUUUUCCAGCGAGAUUAUUGCCAAGCGUAGAAUUCUUCUGGAGGAAGAACUGGAAUACCGACGUGCUACCCAAACGGCUGACGAUGAUAUAUGUGUCUCAAGAAAAAAACGAUUUGCCAUGCUGGACACCUUGAUUUGUGCUGAGAAGGAUGGUCUGAUUGACAGAAGUGGUGUCUGUGAGGAGGUGGACACCUUGAUGGCCGAAGGAUUCGAAACAACCUCCAUUGGUCUUGUAUUUGCCCUUCUGAACAUGUCUGUUUAUGCUGAACAGCAGGAACUCUGCUACCAAGAAAUCCAACAGCAUAUUGAAGAUGACCUAAGCAACCUGGACCUUAGUCAACUGAAUAAACUACGCCACAUUCACAACUUCUUGAGGGAAACCAUGCGUCUGUAUCCUUCUAUUCCCAUCAUGGGUCGUCAGACUAUUGAAGAAACUGAGCUAGAAAACGGAUUAAUCCUGCCCAAACGUUGUCAGAUCAACAUACAUGUCUUCGACAUCCAUCGCAGUCCCAAGUACUGGGAUUCCCCAGAAGAAUUUCGACCAGAGAGAUUCCUGCCAGAGAACUGCCAGAAUCGGCAUCCCUACGCCUACAUUCCAUUCAGUGCUGGACAAAGAAAUUGCAUAGGUCAAAAGUACGCCAUGCAGGAGAUGAAAACCCUGAUAGUGGUCAUCCUCAAGCAGUUCAAGAUCCUGCCCGUUAUCGAUCCAAAGUCCAUUGUCUUCCAAAUGGGUAUAACCCUGCGCUUCAAGAACAAAAUACAAGUCAGGCUUGCGAGGCGGAAAUACACAAUGAUAGUUUUUUGGCUGGUUGUUGCCUUGAGUGUGCUGCUGCACUGGCUCUACAAGAUCAACAAGGAUUACUAUAUUCUUUCCUUCUUCUGCAAGAGAGUUAAAACCAAGGAUGGGAGACCCGUAGAGAGCAUUGCACCCAUUCCAAAGGGCAAAACUAUAUUUGCUCACAACUUUGACUUGUACGGCAAAGAUCACGCUGGUGUUUUUCAACACUCGCGUGAUCGCGCCAAAUCAAUGGGUGCUAGUUACAUUGAGUACGGGGUUGGCACUGCUAUUUUUAACAUCAUCGAUGCGGAUAAUGCUGAAAAUGUACUUAACCACCCGAAUCUGAUUACUAAGGGAUUGGUCUACAACUUCUUGCAUCCAUUUUUGAGAACUGGCUUGUUGACAUCAACUGAAAAGAAAUGGCACGCACGUCGCAAGAUGCUAACCCCUACUUUCCAUUUCAACAUACUUAAUCAGUUCCAGGAAAUUUUCAAGACGGAAAGCCUUAAAUUUCUACAAAAAUUUCACGGUCACGAUGAGUUGACAAUAUGUUUAAACGAUGUUAUACCAAGGUUUACCCUGAACAGCAUUUGUGAGACCGCCAUGGGUGUUAAAUUGGAUGAGAUGGCCGAGAAGGGAGAUCGUUACCGGGAGAACUUUAGCCAAAUAGAAGAAUGUUUCAUCCGUCGUUUGAGUAACCCGCUUUUGUGGGGAGACACUCUGUUCAACUUGUUUGCAGCCAAGGAUUAUGCAGCUGCCCUCGAUGUGGUCCAUGGAUUUUCAAGCGAGAUCAUUGCGAAGCGGAGAGUUUUGCUGGAGGAUGAGCUCGAUAACCGAAGAGCAACCAGGACCGCAGACGAUGAUGUGUUCAUCACCAAGAAACGGUUCGCCAUGUUGGACACCCUGAUUUGCGCUGAGAAGGAUGGCCUAAUCGAUCACAUUGGCAUUUGUGAGGAGGUGGACACUCUGAUGUUCGAGGGCUACGAUACCACCUCAAUUGGUCUAAUAUUUGGUCUCAUGAACAUGUCCUUGUAUCCCGACAAGCAAGAGAAAUGCUUCCAGGAAAUUCAGGAGCACAUAGAAGAUGACCUAUCCAACUUGGACGUGGGUCAAUUGAGUAAACUGAAGUACCUGGAAUACUUUAUGAAGGAAACCAUGCGACUUUACCCCUCGGUUCCCAUUAUGGGUCGUCAAACCAUUAAGGAGACGGAGCUGGCCAAUGGUCUGAUCCUGCCCAAGGGUUCCCAAAUAACCGUUCAUGUCUUCGACAUCCAUCGCAAUGCAAAGUACUGGGAUUCCCCAGAAGAGUUCCGCCCGGAGAGAUUCCUACCCGAGAACUCCCAGGACCGUCACACUUAUGCCUAUAUUCCUUUCAGUGCUGGUCAGAGGAAUUGUAUUGGUCAAAAGUAUGCCAUGCAGGAAAUGAAAACGCUAAUGGUGGCCGUUCUAAAGCAGUUUAAGAUUCUACCAGCAAUUGAUCCCAAAGAUAUUGUCUUCAAUACGGGUAUUACUCUGCGCACCCAAAACAAGAUAAACGUAAAGCUUGCAAGGCGAAAGUAGUUCAACUUCUUAAUUAUAUAAAUGUGUAUUCAAACGGAAGAAUUGCCUUGUAAAUUUUGUAUAUUUUAAAUACGCUACUUAAUUAAAUUUUCCCAAACCAAAA